GCAGCCGAGCGUCGGUGUGAAGGAGGUGAGUCUGUGGGCAGCAACAGAGGAGGAACCAGUCGCUGUCCAGUCAGCACCACCGCGCGGCCCAAAUUCUAACCCAAGCAGCGAUCUCAUCUCGACAUCGUGGAUCCAUGAGACAUGUGACGUCCGUGCUUCAUGUGUUGCCAUUGGCUACGAUCAUUUUGGAGACUGGCAGUCGAUCAGCUUGGUGGAAGGUCCGAUCACAUCUGGGAGGGAAUGCGCUGAUUUGUCGGACGCUCGCUGAGAGACGACAGGUGGCUUCUUACGUAACCGCGGCCGAGGAUGGUGGCAUGGUGGCUGCACUCACCUCUGAGAUGAAGGCAACUUACUGGAGAAAUGCCUAAGGGUCGAGAUGGGCCUGAGCGACGACAAGGAUCGCAUUGUGAUCAACGUGGGAGGGAUCAGGCACCAGACGUACCGCAGCACCCUGAGAACCCUACCUGGGACCCGCCUGUCCUGGCUCGCCGAACCUGAUGCGCCCAACCACUUUGACUAUGACGCCAAGAUCGAGGAGUUCUUCUUCGACCGCCACCCCGGCGUCUUCGCGCACAUCCUCAACUACUACCGGACAGGUAAGCUGCACUGCCCCGCGGACGUGUGCGGACCCCUCUAUGAGGAGGAGCUGGCCUUCUGGGGCAUCGACGAGACAGACGUGGAGCCCUGCUGCUGGAUGACCUACCGGCAGCACCGGGAGGCCGAGGAGGCCCUUGAUAGUUUCGGCGGGGGGGGACUGUUGGACCUGGCCAACGAUGAUCCGGAGCCCGAGCAGGAGCACGGGGAGGACGACGUGGACGAGAUGACAAGGAGGCUGGCACACGCUGACAACACUGAUGCCAGGGGUGGAAGCCUGUGGAGCCGCUGGCAGAAGCACGUCUGGGCUCUGUUUGAAGACCCCUACUCCUCUAAAUAUGCAAGGUGGGUGGCUCUGGCCUCACUCUUCUUCAUUCUGGUGUCCAUUACCACUUUCUGCCUGGAAACCCACGAGGCUUUUAACCCCAUCAUCAACCGCACCGAUGUGGAGUUGAUAGACAACGUCACGGUGGAGCACACCUACCAGGAAACAGAGACCGCCGCCUACCUCACGUACAUCGAAGGCGUUUGCGUCGUGUGGUUCACUUUUGAAUUCCUCAUGAGAAUAACGUUUUGUCCGAACAAGUUUGAUUUCAUUCGGAAUGCCCUCAACAUUAUCGAUUUCGUGGCCAUCCUGCCCUUCUACCUGGAGGUGGGCCUGAGCGGGCUCUCCUCCAAGGCAGCUAAGGACGUCCUCGGUUUUCUCAGAGUGGUGCGUUUUGUCAGGAUUCUGCGUAUUUUCAAGCUGACGCGUCACUUUGUGGGCCUGCGCGUGCUGGGCCACACGUUGAGGGCCAGCACCAACGAGUUCCUGCUACUGAUCAUCUUCCUUGCUCUCGGUGUCCUUAUCUUUGCAACCAUGAUCUACUACGCCGAACGAAUCGGAGCUAACCCAAACGACCCUCGAGCCAGUGAGCACACGCACUUCAAGAACAUCCCAAUCGGCUUCUGGUGGGCAGUGGUGACCAUGACCACGCUCGGAUAUGGCGACAUGUACCCUCAGACGACAUCUGGAAUGCUGGUGGGAGCUUUGUGCGCCUUGGCUGGCGUGCUGACCAUCGCCAUGCCUGUCCCCGUAAUUGUCAACAACUUUGGAAUGUAUUACUCACUGGCCAUGGCAAAACAGAAACUACCAAAGAAGAAAAACAGGCAUAUCCCUCGGGCACCACAACCUGGUUCUCCUAACUUCUGCAAAUCCAGCAUCAGCUCACAACAUCCAAGCCCCAUCGCUCACGACGACGUUUUCGAGAUUAAGUUUCAAGACUCCAAGCUGAAUGGUGAAGCUGCGAACGCCGCUCUAGCCAACGAAGACUGCCCUCACAUAGACCAGGCCAUAUCUCCAGAGGAGAUCUUCAGCCCCAGUGAGAGAGAGCGGCCGUGCUUCCUGGUCACUACGGCGGAGCGCCCCAACCACACAGGGGGGAGAGUGAGGAGGGGUUAUGAAAAGCCUUGGAGCCUUAACAGCAUGUCUGGCAUGAGCGGGGAUGCCUCUGGAGUGUCCUCAGUGUCCGCCCUGCCCUGCAGCCCACCCUGUCUAAUGCAGCACUCACAUUCUCCCAUCCCAUCCAUUAUGUAGCAUGGUUGAGUAGCAGACACAAUGCCAUUGGAAGGCCAGUCCACGCCACUCCUCUUUAUCUUUACUGUCAGAUUUUAAUUUUUGACUUGCCUUUCACUCCUGCUCUCUCAUCUUUAUUUACUUGUUAUUUUUCUGGAAAAGUGAAAAUGCUCUUCCCAAGUCUUCUCCUUGGGUGUGUCAUCAUAUUCCUGAACAAACAUACUGGCACAUGCCACUCUGCAUGGGUCACCUCAGUUUUGCAGACGAAGCACUGUUCUACUUCUACCGCAGGCUGAUGCCACUCUUUCCUUCUGUUUACUUCAUUGCCUGUUGCUCUGUUGCUUUUGAUCUCACACACUUUGAGUUUGUAUGAUUUGCUUUCGACAAUUCUGCGAGAGAAUCUUUCAAAAGAUGUAACCCCCGCUGAGACGAUGCUGGACAUUACAUUGCUUUUCAAACAUAUCCGGGAGAUACCAUUGCCAGCUGUUAAGGAUCUGCUCUUAAGUGCUUUGGGUGUUGCAAAGUAGAGAAGUUACGAAAGAGCAAUCCAGGCAAGAGUCACGAGUGGCCAGCAAAAAGAGGAAAAAAAAACAUGAUGCCAUUAAUGUUUAGUGCAAUAUGGAGGUGAUGACAAUUCAUUUGAUACUAGUGAUGAACUCAUCUGUUGUCAACAGAACAGAAACUGUUUGUUCAUUUGCAUGAACUGCAUGAGAAAUUCUGUUUAACAAGAAGCUAACUGUGUUGCAGUACUUGUAAAAAAAAAAGACGAAAAAAAAUCGUUUCUUUUGGAAGCUUCAAAAGCUUUGUCAUCUUUAUGCAUUUUUGAGACAGCUUUACAAGAGACUCAGUCAUAGCAGAGAUUUUUAUGUAGCUGCCAUUCUUUGCCUUUCCCCAAUUUCAGAAUUAUUUUUCACCUUCGAGUGGGGCGUCCGGUUGGAAAAGUUCACUUGAAAAAUCUGUUACAGUGUCACCUGGUCGAGCAUUUUUUUAAAUAUAUAUACAGGCAUUUUCGCUCAUAUUUAAAGUUCGCAGCCAAAAAAGUGGCAGGAAUCACCAAACAGAGGUGCCUUCAAACAUGGAAAGGCAAAACAAAAGUAACAAGUGCUCUCCCUGUGUAGCAUUUAUACAAGCUCAUGAUAGUGUAACGGAGGCUUGACUUUAAUAGGCGCGGCUCUGCACUACUGUUGUACCCACAUUAAACAUUAGAUUGCUGUUCAUAUUGAUAAGAUACAAGUAGGUGUUAGUCAAGUUUAUAGUUGGACAAUAUGUCAUGUACAGCAAAUGGUGAUGAAGAGGGGGAUUUUUUUGAAUAGUAGCAUACAGACAUACAUCGCCAUCAGUUAUGGUGAAAACUGGAGAGGAAAGGGUUUGAAGCAGCUUAGUGGGUGUGAGCAAAGGUUGCUGAGGCAAGUAUGGAAGGGAGAUAUGCAAUAUACUGCGGAUGAAUCGGAGAAAGAUAACGGCCAUUGAGGCUUAUUGACCAGUGGACUCCGGCAGGAGAUCAGCGAAGAGAGUGGAGGUCACUACCACAGUUAAAAUACAGACCAAGCUCAAGGAAGCCAGAAGAAUAAAACUCAACAGAAAACGUUUUCCACCACCAUUUUGGUGCACUGAAUCUGCGUUGAGUAGAUCAUACACAAAGCAAAGAAAGUGGCCCGAUUAAAAUCUGACAAAACGUCUGUGUAGAUAUCAAAGGAUUUUUCCUUUAAGUCACAGUCAACCAGAAGACGUGUCAGGUGAUCUAUUAUAUCAUAAAAUAUCCUUCACAUUUACGUCUAAUAGUCCGAACUGAUUCGGCAGGAAGAGUCGGUGGCGUUGGAGCUGAUGGGUGGAGUGACAAUUUAAGAUCUUUGGGAGGCUGAGAAUCCAGGCUAGCAGCCUUGUCUGAUGGGAGCAGAUCAGAUAAAUAACAAUGAGCUAUCUUUGGUGUGGAGCGGAAGCCACCAGGGAAGCAAAAGCAGUGAAAAAAUACUAUUACUUCCUCAUUGCUUUCAACUGCAUUAACGGUACAUCUAGUCAAAGGUGUCGAACGCAAACCAAAUUACAUUUCCUGUUGAAUUAGGAACAUUUUGCUGCUAAACUUUGGCUCAAAACUUGUUAGCAGUAGUGAGAUUUUGUAAGCAAAUAAAAAUGAACAUUUUUUUGAAUAUACUUGGAAGUGAGAGUAAAAUACAUGACUUGUUUAAAGUGUAAUCUAUUGGCCCAGUAACAUUUCAGAUUUCCUAGUAAGCAGAACAAAGCAACCACAAUGAAAACAGUGACAGUCGAGGGGCGGCAACAGAGCCCUGGGGAACUCCAUGAGUUGAGUAUAUAUAUAAUGGGAUAUAUUAUAUAAUGAAGGGCUAAAUUAAAAAAAAAUUGAAACAGUAAAUAACUGUUGGAUUCUAAUGCUAAAUAUGAAGCCGGUGACCUUGACUCCUCCCACUUAGUCAGCAUCUGGGUUAUACCUUGUAAAAAUGUAGCCAAAAACAUGCAGCGCCUUGGAAUAACAGAUGACAAACCAGUGUAUGCAUUGAGUGAAAAGCACAAGUCACAUCGAUUAUCAAGCACAAAUUGCGACACCUGUCAGGCACAUAGUCAGAGUAGGCUUCCAUUGGGAUUCACACAAAAUUCAAAAAUAGAGUGCAUCCGAGAAAUAAAAGACGGGCGCAAGGACGUCUUUUUUGCUGAGUGUAUUAACUUGGGAUUACAAAGCACAAAAAAAUAAAAAAAAAGACAAAAGUCAACCACAGAAAAAGCAGCCAUCAGUGACCAGGUGUUGUCCGGACUCCUGCAGUUUGUACGUCUUAUGAUGGAAAAGAUCAAUACUGUUACUGUUCCACAUGUAUUGAUACUGUCCCAGUUAUUAUGCACAAAUGUUUCAGGGCACUUUACCAGUUUCUAUGGGGACAAAUCAGAAAUGUCACAAAUUUCUAGAUGAUAUUCAAGUAUAGCAACUCAUCCUAAGUUUUGUUUUUGUUAUUGGUAGAAAUUUUCAAGUCAUGUCUAUUGUGGUUGUUAUUGGACGUUAUCUAUUUAAAAACAAAAAAAAGAGGAGGAGAAGAGAAUAACCCUGUAAAGAAUCAAUGUGGGAAGGUGCAGGUGAAAUGUCAAGUGGGGGAGAAAAAAAACAAUUAUGGGAUGUCGGUCUUCUUGGGGAAAGGUAAAUGCAUGUAUUUUACAUUUAUGCAAAAGAAAAGUAUUCAAACAAAAAGAUGUAAAUAUACAAGAUCUUGCAUGAAAUAAAUUUUGUACUCAAUGAGCAAUUAGACUGUGUUUUUUUUUCCCACAGCACAUGCAUACACGCGACCUCCGCCGUGCUAGCAAACUAGCAGUACAUUCAACGGAACAUUUGUUUCUUGUGUGUAUGAAAACAAAGGGCUAGGCAGGCGGAGCAUGUUGACUCAAGUAUAGCGACGCAUGACAGUGACCGAUCGACUCUUCAUCAACCCGUUGAACGACAGCAUGACUGGGCAUGUGUAUUAACCGAGUGGGAGUCCAACCUCUGCACACAGACAACACGUCCUUGUCUGAUGCCUUGGCUCAAGCAUGGGGCGCACAUGGUAACCCUGCUUUACCAUGAGGAACUAACGGAGCACAUUUUCUUUCCUCCGAGUCAUUUCACCUCCAGAGGUUUGCACCAUCGCCAUCAUCACCAACGUUAUACAUGGUGUGUGUAAUAAUUUCUUUUUGUUAUUGUUUUUUUUUUAUAUGUUUAUAGAGAACCAGCGACAGCACCGGAGCAGACAACCAACUGAGUCAGUUUGUGUUAUGAACCAUGGUGUACCAACCACUAUGUGUAUGACCCAUAAUGGCCCAUCACCCACCUGAUAGUGCUGUAGCAUUGUUGUGUGUAUUACUUAAUAUAUUUUUUUUUUUCAAUGGGUGUGUGACAGUGACAACCUGUACAUCACAAACUCAGCAUAGAUGUAGCACUGAGGACGUUUUGUUGUCAAGCCUUAUGUAGCUCAGUAUCUGUGACUGGUUACUGUGUUGUAAUUUGUGUGCCUAUUUUUUGUGUGUGCCAGUGCUGUAAAUAUGCUUUCUGUGUGGUAAAGUUGUGUGUACCAAUGUUUUUUGAGUGACCAUCAAAUAUUUGUGUGCUUCUUCUGUUGAAAAAAAAAAAAAAAAAAAAAAAAGGAUCACCUGAUAUGAGAGAUAGCCGACACACAUUGUUAACUUUGCACUGUCAUGGUCACGUUUUGUAGACUUUUGCACUUUUUUGCACCAGUGAAACUUUUGACAUUCCUUUCAAAUGAUUAUUGCAUCUCACAGGUAGCGUUCACACAAAGAAACGGCUCCCUCUUUAGCUUCACAAAUGAUCCAUUGGCAGGUUAGAGACGGAACAGGAGUGUCACGUUAAUCGCUUAUUUUCAGGAUUUAUAAGAGGCAAUCGAACAACGAGUUCCAAACCAAGCCUUGUGGCCUUUUGUUUAUUUGGUGGCCUGGAUAUUCAAAACAAGCCGCACAAACUGCAAUUUCAAUAGGUUUUCAGGAGUCAGAAAAAUUCAGAAUUUCAUGUAUUUUAGUGGCUUCAGUUUUUACACGGGUUUAUUAAUAUAUGAACUAAUCUGUAAAAGUGCCCUAUAUGAUGUUUAAAAUAUCUGGAAGGAAUAGAUGUGUAUGUACUAUAAUUAAAAAAUACUUCGUGUUCAGUUUUAGCAGAGACUAAAUGAUUCAUCGUCACUUGAGGAAGCAUUGGUUUCCUUCAAAACAUUUUCUAAUUUUGGUGGCCUUGUUGAAGGCCCCCAGAAUCAGUUGUGAAAAACACAACACAACACUCAAAUAACAGUUAAAUAUGAGAUGAGUUUAGAGGUUACAAGCAAUUCAUUGUGCGUGCAGCGUAUUUAUGCGUAGUUUGUUCAUGGUGUGGUUUAACCUUGAAGAAAUUUAAAAUAAACUUCACAGAUUCCUAUAUUACACAUCAGCUUAUUAUCCAGCGUCUUAGAGAGGACAAUAGGACGUGCAAGAGCAAGGGUGAGCACCGUUUUCUGAACUCAGGGCCCAUCCACUCUGGAUUGGGAACACUUUGGAAUUGGAGCUGGCUGUCAUUGUCAAGUACAAAUGUCCAUGCACAUAAAGACGAAAGUGAGCAGAUACUGAUGGACAAGUUCUUCUAUCUACUUAUCUGACUUUGGCAAUGCAAAACACACAGGAUGUGUAGAAAAACAAAUUAUAAAAAAUAAUAAAUAAAAGUAAUCUUCAUAAUCUUAGUAAAGAUUUCAUGGGAAAAACUUCUGGCUGAUCUGGAAAGAAAGGACAUUUCACUUUGACUGAAUGGUAAAGGGGAAAGCAUUUCUUAGCCAGCAGUACAUUAACAUCAUCACUUGGAUGAAGUUUUUCUAUUAUCAUUUUUUAAUGACAGUCACGCAGAACAGUCAUUGUACCUACACAAUAGUCUCUUGUACUAAAUAAAUAUCAGCAUAUUGUAAAAUUCAUCCAGGACAAGUGCCUAUGUUGAGAAACAUAUUCUGUCUAGUUAAGGAUAAAAUCAUGGAUUCAUCCAUUGCUUCUUUAAAACACAUUAAAACACUCAAAAAGGCAACACUGGCCCCACCACUGAUAGGUUUGUGACUGUUGUGUGAAAAAGUUAGCGUUAGAGGACCAACUUUUGAACCAAACACACUGCCAACAAACAUGCUGAGAUCAGCAUCAGGUACAACACAUCUACACACGCGCCAGUGGGGCCCAUCAGUCAAGGAUAAUAAAAAAAAAAAAAAAAGGACAAUACCCUGGAGGCAAUUGAUGUGCCAUCUAUUGUGAUUUCAGAAUGUAUGUGUUUUGAACACUGUGCAUUUUGUGGCUAGUUAUCCGAGUGAGGUGUUCCGUGAUCGUUCCGAUCAGUUUGUUGUUUAGGGACAGUAUAUUUUUGUGUCCAUUCUGACUAAUACAAUACGAACUUGUACAAUAAAUAGCAAUGAAUAAAAGGAAAAUAACACAGACGUUAUUAUCUUCUCAGUGAGUUUUUAUUUAAAAAAAGAUAAAAGUGACUAAUUUGACUCUCGGGUACACACAUAAUUUGCAUAAUGGAAUUCAAAAAGGUAAAUACAUUGCAGAUAGAUUAUCAAUACACUGUGCCCUAGACCCGCAGCUGACCCCCGAGUGCUGCAGUGCGGAUCUUUGCGGCCAGAACUUGCAAGAUGGGCUGAAAACUUUUCCCAGGUGACAUUAUGCAUGAGAGGUGACAAAAAGCCCAAGUCAGCUUAAAACUAUUGCGGCUGCAGGAUGGUCCACGAUUGGCGGAGUCAUAAAAAUGAAAAUAAAACACUCUCUUUAUAUACACAUGACAUGAGGUGAAUCAUGACACCAAGGGUCGACAUCAGUGAUUGACAGGCGCUUGACACUCAAGAUCACGGCUAUAAAACUGUUGACACAGGACAUUCGGGUUGCGGCCGCAGUCAGGCUCAUCCCUCACAUGAUCUAUAUGCUUGGGUUCAACACGGCGAACAUGGCAGGAGGACCUGAAGCUAUUGCUGGGCCAUGUCCUGCAAAGCCCCAAGCAACAAUCAUGUCCAUCAAAAUGACGACUGGUCGGAGAAAUGAUGGCCUCUGUCCACACUAAACAUAAUUCAAACACUGGACAGUAUUUAUGCCGGCAGACACACGGGCCUGCGGCGUCAGUGCCGAGACAAUUCUGCAGAGAAAAAUAACUAUCCAAAGCACUUAAAUUAAAAUGAUAAAAGCUGCUUUAAACAAUCUUUUUCAUAAAACCUGCACUUCCAACCCCUCCCCCAUAUAAAAUAUAGCCGCGCUGCUACUGGAGUGGACUUUGGUGUUCAUCAGUCCCAAGAGAGCAAAGUGCCAUGGAGUGUCCAGCUCCGCAGCCUAUCAGGACAGGUCUGACACCAGAAAUGAGCUGCGGCUCAAAGACGUCCGUCUCUGAACCGUUUCCGCACAUCCCGUGCUCGUUCCAGCCCCAGGAGAAAAGACGCCCACCUGAAAAGGAUUGGGGUCACAGGUCAGUGACGCUGACAAAAAAGACACACACCUGAAGCAAUAGCUAAAAUGAGAAGGGGAAGACAGGACUGGAGAAGAAGACAAACACGUCCACACUGGACCUCCCACCCUCUCUGUUCCCACACUCACGCUGGGGUAGUGACAGAGGCUCCCUUGCUCUUCACAGCUGGUGAGCUUGUCACGGGUGUGGUCAGGUCUGCAUCACGGAGACACGUGCCAUGGCAACACAGUUACCUAAUAAGCCCCAUUACCAUGGCAACAGAAGCGAGCUUGCUUUCUCAAGGGUAACACAUCUCCAAGCGCUCCCAUCCUGCAAUUGUGUGUCUUCCAUGCUGUGUCUUUUCAUGCAUUUCACUGAGCACUGUUUUUUCUUGCGCUUAUAUGCUUUCUUUUUUUCUCAUAAAAAAAAAUCGACAAGGAUUCAGACGCACUCACCGACACACAAGCUUUUCCCAAUGAAGGAGUCAUGCCAGCAGCUGAUGUCAGAGUGACAUACUGCCAGCCAUGCCUUAUGCAUUAUAAGCAAGAGUCCAGUCAAAAGAUGUCGUCAUAAAUACAGAGAGUCUAUCUCUGAUAAAGGUGGUUGGUAAGAUUUUUUGUGGCUGAAUUUUGUAUUUUGUUCAGCCGCAUUUGAUCCUGGGCCUUCACUGAAUGGCGUACGGAACAUCAGUGUUUCCAUGGCAACAUUGAGCUGCACACUAUUCUGCACAACGAAAGAAAUGCAUCUAAAUCCUUUUUGAAAAAAAAAAAAAAAAUCACAUCCAUGUUUUUGGAAGUGUUAAUGAAGUGUCAAAGUAGAAAGUGACAGCGAGAAGUCGCACAUUUCAGGUUCAGUCAAACACCUGUUUUGCCAUUAACACACCUUUUUCUCGGUAGAUUGGACGAACCAUCUCGUCUCCUGGUUCUGAUCUCUGCUAUUGAAUUUUAUAGAUGACGGCGGAGGCCUGGCUCAGGUGUACUUGGGCGACGAUUGAACCAGCAACAGAUAUCAUGAGCAGCAUGCAAAGCUCUCGGUUCCUUUCCGCCUGACCUACUUCAGCACCAGAAAUAGCAACACUCAGGUCUCUGUUUCAAAUCUAGUUUGGCUACUUCACUUUUUCUGGCCACCGUGCCACGGACUGUGAGGAGGACGAGAGCAGAAGGAAUUGGACCUUUGGACUCGUCUACCUGUAGGACUACUGCUCAGUGUCACAGCUAAACAUCAAAGAUGGCUUCAAUCCCUCAAAAAAAAAAAAAAACCCAAAAAAUGUUCAGGAGGCUAAGGUCAGUCUAGACCAGAACCUCCCGUCACAGGAACAGCUUCUUCCCCUCAGUUGUUGUUUGUGUGUUAUUUAAUUUAAUUUUUUUAUUUUAUAAUUUUUUUUAUUUUAUUUAUUUUAUUUUAUUUUGUUGACAGCACUUUAUUCCAAAGCACUUUCCCAGUUGGUGGGAUCCCCGCUGACCGUGGCAAUAAAGUUGAUUCUGAUUGUGAUUCAA